AUGGCGGAUGAAGAAGAUCGUCGCACAUGGCGAUCCGUUGAAAUAAAGUUGUUACAUUUGGAAAAUCCGUCGAGUCUAGUCAGUUAUCAUUCCAAAAUAAACAUUGGCGCCCAACGUGGGGCAUCGAGGAAAACAGAAUUAACAGAACUAAAGCAACGAAGAGGUAGGGUUAAAAGUCAAGUCAUCAGAUUACAGAGCUUCUUUGAGGCUAACUCGGAAUGUUCAGCAGCAGAGGCACAGCAACAAAUAGAGGAAAUAGACAUGCAAGACGGCGUGCCAACGGAAGACGACAGCGAGCAAGUAACUUUCGAAGAAAGAUAUUACAGCAUAGCAGCUAAGGCACAGCAAAUAAUCAUCGAAAAAAAGGAUUGGUUACAAGCAACGUUGCAACAGCAACAACAAAGAGACAGCAGUCACAAUCAGGCAUCAACCAGCGGGCUCAGACAAGAGAGCAUCCCCUAUCGGGAAAGGCGAAACAAACCAAAGCUUCCCGAGAUAAAGCUCCCAGAGUUUAGUAGAGAAUACAUCAAAUGGUUGUUUUUCAAAAACAGUUUUGAAACCACAAUACAUAACGAUAGAGAUUUAACAGGACCACAGAAGUUUCAGUAUCUCAUCGGAAUGCUAACAGGGGAAGCACGAAAGGUCAUCGAAGGCUUCAGCAACGAAAAUUACGAGAAUGCUUGGCAGCUUCUAAAAAACACAUACGAUAAUGAAAUGAUGAUCAUAGAAACGCAUCUAGACGCAUUAUUCAAUUUUCCGUCUAUCACAAAGGACAACAAGGCCGAAUCAAUAAGGCAGCUCAUAUGGCACAUACAAACGCACAAAUCUUCGUUGAAAUCCCUGCAUCAGCCCGUGGAUCAUUGGGAUACGAUAAUAUUGCAUCUGUCAAAAAAGAAACUUGAUUACAUUGAACAGCGCGAUUGGCAGGAUCGUGCAAAGGAUCAUACGCCACAGAAUAUGCCGAAGUUAGAUGACUUUAUCGCAUUUCUGACAGAACGCUGUCACACAUUACGCAUGCUAAAUCAAAACAAGAUUACUCAAACAAAACAGCAGCCGUCUCCCAAAGACAAUCAGGAGAAGAAAACAGGAAAGAAGAUCGUAUUAGCAGCGACUUCACUUCAGUGCAAAAUUUGUAACGAGGCACAUCAAGUGUUCCGUUGUAACGAACUGUUGAAAUUGGCUCCAGACGAGCGUAAAAAAUGCAUUAUGGAAAAGAGGUUAUGUAUCAAUUGCCUCAAUACAGGACACCAAGCGAAGGAGUGUAGAGCAUCAACAUGUAAAAAAUGCUCAGGCAGGCACAACACGCUCUUGCAUAGAGAGGAGCACAAGAAGACAGAAGAGGAAAUCACAACAGCACCAGUUGUCGUACACUGUACAAAUGCAGUGAAUCUCAGGUUUAUUCGAAACAGCGAUGGAAAACGAGUAAUCUGUCGUGCAUUGUUAGAUCCAGGGUCGCAGUUGAAUGUUAUAACAACGGAUCUACUGCAAAGGCUGAAAUUACCAUGGACUAAAGGUGACGAACCAGUCAGUGGAAUAGGUCGAGUCAAAACAGACAUUUGCAAGGUCGUGAGAAUCAGCUUGGAAGCAAUUCAUAACGACUUCAAGACGGAGCUCGAGUGCGUCGUCUUGCCAGCCAUAACGGAGCAAAUUCCGCAAAGGAAAAUAAAUUCACACGAGAUAAUAAUGCCAAAGGGAAUACAAUUAGCAGAUCCGGCUUAUAAGGAGCUUGGAGAAGUUGAUUUACUUGUGGGAUUAGGUUUAUAUUGGAAACUAGUCAUCGGUGCACCAAGAAAUCGCAUUGAUGGUCAGCCAGCAUUGCAGAACACUAAAUUGGGGUGGAUCAUCGGUGGCAGCUUAGAUUCAGGUAGCUCCAAGGCAACAGGUCAAGCAUGUUUAGCAAUCACGAAUGAUCAACUGUAUCAACAAGUUGAAAAAUUCUGGAAAGUGGACAGUCUUCCGGAAGUCAGGCACUACACAGCGGAAGAAGAAGCUUGCGAAAGGUACUUCAUAGACACAACACGGAGAGAACAGGAUGGUAGGUUCGUUGUCCGUCUACCUACACGACCAACGGUUCAACUCGGAAAUUCGCGAGAUCAAGCUCAAAGGAGAUUGCAAGCAGUCGAGCGAAGCUUCCAAAGGAAUCCAGAUUUGCAAAAGGCAUAUUACGAAUUCAUGGACGACUAUGAGCAGCAGGGUCAUAUGUCAAAAAUUUCAGAACAAGAGUUUCAAGAAUACAAAGAGGUAUAUUUCCUGCCACACCAAGCAGUGCUACGACCAGACAAGUCAACAACAAAAAUCCGUGUCGUAUUCGACGCGUCAUCAAAGACGGCGUUGGAUACGUCUCUAAAUGACAAGCUCCUCACGGGGCCCAAUUUGCAAAAUAGUCUUUUUAAGGUAUUAAUAAAAUUCAGAAUGCUUCCAUUUGUCAUAAAUGCUGAUGUAGCACAGAUGUUUAGGCAGAUAUUGGUUGAUAAGAGAGACAGGGCGUUACAGCUCAUCCUUUGGAGACGCAACUCUAACGAGGAACCACACAUUUAUCAGCUAAAUACCGUUACCUACAGAACUGCAAAUGCACCGUAUCAUGCAAUGCGUUGCAUCCGGGAAUUGACGAUUCAGCAUCAAGAGGAAUACCCGAUGGCAUCAAAGGCAAUAAUCGAGGAUUCGUACAUGGAUGACAUACUUUCAGGAGGUAAUACACGUCAAGAAGUAAUCGAACUCCAACGACAGCUGUUCGAGUUGUUACAAAAGGGACAAUUCUUUCUUAGAAAGUGGAGAUCAAACGAUCGUCAAAUCUUGCAGCCUUUACUAGAUCAGCGGCAUGGUGAAAUGCUUACGUUAGACAAAGAUGAGGCAAAGACGUUGGGUCUUUUGUGGUGCUCAUCAAGCGAUACGUUGCAAUACAAACUGGAUCUGCCAGUAAGGAAGAGCCUUACGAAGAGGACUGUACUAUCACAUGUAUCGCAAAUUUUCGAUCUAUUGGGUCUACUCGGACCUGUCUUGAUAAAGGGAAAGAUUUUCAUGCAAAAAUUAUGGGCAGACGAUUUGCAGUGGGACCAACCGUUACCCCUGCAACACCAAGCAGCGUGGCACGAUUAUUACGAGUUAUUGUCAGGGCUCAGUUUAAUUCGGCCACUACGAAAUAUCAACCCAGAUAACAUUAGAGGAGAGUCCGACUUGUUUGGAUUCGGGGAUGCGUCUCAAAGCGCGUUUGGAGCGUGCUUGUACAUUGUUAGCACAAAUCAAAGUGGCAAUACAAGUUCGCAUCUUUUUUGUGCCAAGUCCAAAGUGGCACCGCUGAAAACACUCUCUCUUCCUAGAUUGGAGCUAGAAGCAGCACUUCUUUUGGCGCAAUUGUACGACAGCGUUAAGACUGCUUUAAAAGGGAGAAUUCGUCAAGUUCAUUUAUGGAGCGAUAGCACAAUUGUUCUUGGUUGGAUAAAGAUGCAACCUCACGUUCUUAAGACUUUCGUUGCCAAUAGGGUGGCGAAGAUACAGGAGUUAACGGCAAGCGAGGCUACAUGGCGACAUGUCCCAUCGGAGGAAAACCCUGCGGAUCUUUUGUCUCGAGGUGUCGCUAUCCAAGAGCUCGAGAUUAGUGAUUUGUGGUGGCACGGACCAAACUGGAUUAAGAGAGAUGAUCGAUGUCCAGAACACAUGCAAGAGCCAAGUGAGAGUUUACCAGAAGUAAAGGCUCCGGCUAUCACAUUGGUUACGACACAAGUAACACCCUCAUUUCCUUUAUUGCUGAAACAUGAGUCAUUCGGCAAGAUAUGCAGGAUAAUCGCGUAUUGUUUUAGAUUCAUAGAUGCCGCAAGGCGCUCAGCUGAUAAAAGCAAGCCGAAUAAGCAGCAGUAUAUGGCGAGGUCAAUCGGCAUCGAGGAAAUGAACAGAGCAGAGAAAGUUAUUCUCAAACAGACUCAGAGGGAAGGGUUUCCUCUCGAGCUGCGAAGCUUAGCAAGCAAUCAAGACUUGCCGCGAGAAAACAAGUUAAAAUCACUCAGUCCGUUCAUAGACGAUGACGGUCUGAUACGGAUUGGAGGACGACUAAGGCACGCACGCCUAUCAGAAGAGCAGAAGCACCCCAUCGUUUUACCGGCAAGGCAUCGUCUGGCGCUACUCAUUAUGCGCGAGGAGCAUAUACGCAUGUUGCAUUGCCCUUCAGAACAGCUGUUACACAGCAUGCGACAAAGAUAUUGGCCUAUUCACGGGCGGAGAUUGGCACAGAAAAUAGUAAGAACAUGCGUUAAAUGUUUUAGAUAUAACCCAAGAAUACCAGAUAUCAGCAUGGGAGAUCUGCCCAAGGAACGGGUCAUAAUGCCCACGAGACCAUUCAUGGUAACGGGUGUAGAUUACGCCGGCCCGUUUCAACUUCGAGAAAGUCGCCGACGCGGACGGCUCCAUGUAUCAAAAGGCUAUGUGGCCUUAUUCAUUUGUUUUAGCACCAAGGCUGUGCACUUGGAAGUGGUGACAAGUCUCACAAGUGAGGCAUUUAUAGCAGCGCUGAGUCGUUUCACGGCUAGACGUGGACUAUGCGCACAACUAUUUUCCAACAAUGGAACGAAUUUUGUAGGAGCCUCUUGA